CAUUGUCUUUCUAUUGUUUGAUUUUUUUUUUAAUUUAUAUUAAGAUCUAUUCAUUUUUAUCUUAUGUGUGUGGAUAUUUUGUCUCCAUGUAUGGCUGUGCCUCAAGAAAUCAGAAGAGGGUCCCCUGGAACUGGAGUUACAGAUGGUUAUGGCUGCCAUGUGGGUGCUAGAAAUCUAAUUCAAGCACAACAGAAGUGUAACCAGUGCUUUUGACCUCUGAGCCAUCUCUCCAGGGCUACCUUAUUUUUGAAGACAAAUUCUCUCAUUAUAUACCUGGAGUUUGCUGAGGUUUGACUAGGCUGACCGUCAGCAAACCCCAGUGAUCUUAAUGUCUUUACACCUCCUCUGCACCUUUAGUGAUGGGGUCAGAGGGCCACACAGUUGUGCCUAGCUUUUGAUGUGGGUCCUGGGGAUCUGAACUCAGGCCCUCAUGCUUGCAUGGCAAGGACUUUGAGUUUCCUCUCUCCCCAGACUUCUGAAGUAUUUAUUGUGCACUGGGAGUGUCCAGAUUCAUUGUCAGACACUUGCAUUUUUUACUGUAAAUAAGGCCAUCCUAACAUCUGAAAUUAAAUCCCAGAAUCACUUGUUUUCUGCUUAUGGAUGAAGAAAUAAAGAAGUAGUAUUUAGAGACUGUUUUUAAAUUAUGCAAAAUUUUGUUUUAAACAUUUCAUAUGCAUUUUCAGAACAUUUAGUUUAUAUCUAGCACUAUUUUAUAGAAUGGGAUACAAAAAUCUAGAGGACCCAAUUCUUGUGCCUAGGGAACUUAAGAGUUUUGCUUUGAAAUUUCAAAGUAAUUUCAUGUGUGUUAUUUCUUCACUGCCAAAAGGUUAUAGGUACACUUUACUGUUUUCAUUUUGGGUGUUGUUUGUUUGUUUGUUUGUUUUGAGAUGACAUUGAACUGAUACUUCUGUUUCCACUUUCUUAAUGGUAGUAUUCCAUGUGUGUACCACCAUGCCCAGUUCCAUGUGGUGCUGGGAUUGAACCUGGGGCCUUCUAAUCUGCUAGGCAACCACUCUUCCAACUUAGCUAUUGCUCCGCCCUUGUUUGCAUUUGAAGAUGAAGAAACAGAUCUGAGCUGAGGUUUGGCUAGCAUCAUACAGAUAACUAGAGUGGACGGUCUGACGCCCAAGUGUGGAUCGAUUGCUUCACAUUACAUGUUAUAAUGUGUAUACUUCGGAUAAGAAAAUAUUUUUAAAAAGCCCUCUCUUGUAUCUUUUAUCUUUUGAAAGUGUGUUAAAGAUUAAGGGAUCUGGGUUGUUGUGUCAUCUAAAAUUACAAUAUAUUCAAAACUAAUAAUUUACAUUUUUUGUCAUUUGUUUUCCAGUGUGUUAUAAAAAGCAGUUAUUUUGAAUUGCCAAGAUAAUUGAAGACUUUUUAAAGCCCUGUUAAAACUUAAAUGCUGUGUCUUUCCAGUGCAGAUAGAGCUUUUGGAAAGAAGUGUUUUUCUCUGAUGCUUGGGUGGAGGGGAGGAAGAAUUUUGUAGAGUUUGCUCUCAUGAGCCGUUCUUGGUUUGUUCCAGCUUGCCAACACUUGGUGUCACAUGUGAACCUCCCACAUGUGUGCACUCUCCAUUCCAGCUCUGUGAUUGAACUCUGCUCUUAUUGACUAGGGGGCACUUGGGCAGGCAUGCUUCAUUCCUGGAGUUGACAGUCAUUUCAUUUCUGAAUAGACUAACUGAAUAAGCCCUUCUAAAGCCCUCCCUUCUCUCACGGGCUUCAGUUGGCCUGCAGACAUAAUGAGGAGAUUGGCUUUUCGAGGCGCUGGUUGUGCUCUGGUAAAGCUGAAGAAGUUGGAUUCCAUGGGUUCCAAGAGAAGAAGAGCCACCUCUCCUUCCAGCAGUGUCAGUGGAGACUUUGAUGACGGGCACCAUUCUGUGCCUACACCAGGCCCAAGCAGGAAAAGGAGAAGACUGUCCAAUCUUCCAACUGUAGAUCCUAUUGCUGUGUGCCAUGAACUCUAUAACACCAUCCGAGACUAUAAGGAUGAACAGGGCAGACUCCUCUGUGAGCUGUUCAUUAGGGCUCCAAAGCGGAGAAAUCAACCAGACUAUUAUGAAGUGGUUUCUCAGCCCAUUGACUUGAUGAAAAUCCAACAGAAACUUAAAAUGGAAGAGUAUGAUGAUGUUAAUCUACUGACUGCUGACUUCCAGCUGCUUUUUAACAAUGCAAAGGCCUACUAUAAGCCAGAUUCCCCUGAGUAUAAAGCUGCUUGUAAACUCUGGGAUUUGUACCUUCGAACAAGAAAUGAGUUUGUUCAGAAAGGAGAAGCAGACGAUGAAGAUGAUGAUGAAGAUGGGCAAGACAAUCAAGGCACGCUGGCUGAUGGCUCUUCUCCAGGUUACCUGAAGGAGAUCCUGGAGCAGCUUCUUGAAGCCAUAGUUGUAGCCACAAAUCCAUCAGGACGGCUCAUCAGUGAACUUUUUCAGAAACUGCCUUCCAAAGUGCAAUAUCCAGACUAUUAUGCAAUAAUUAAGGAACCUAUAGAUCUCAAGACCAUUGCUCAGAGGAUACAGAAUGGAAGCUACAAAAGUAUACACGCAAUGGCCAAAGAUAUAGAUCUUCUAGCAAAAAAUGCCAAAACAUAUAAUGAGCCUGGGUCUCAAGUAUUCAAGGAUGCCAAUUCGAUUAAAAAAAUAUUUUAUAUGAAAAAGGCAGAAAUUGAACAUCAUGAAAUGACUAAAUCAAGUCUUCGAAUAAGGACUGCAUCAAAUUUGGCUGCAGCCAGGCUGACAGGUCCUUCGCACAAUAAAAGCAGCCUUGGUGAAGAAAGAAACCCCACUAGCAAGUAUUACCGUAAUAAAAGAGCAGUCCAAGGGGGUCGCUUGUCAGCAAUUACCAUGGCACUUCAGUAUGGCUCAGAGAGUGAAGAGGACGCUGCUUUAGCUGCUGCACGCUAUGAAGAAGGGGAAUCUGAAGCCGAGAGCAUCACUUCCUUCAUGGAUGUUUCCAACCCCUUUCAUCAGCUUUACGACACAGUUAGGAGCUGUCGGAAUCACCAAGGGCAGCUCAUAGCUGAACCUUUCUUCCAUUUGCCUUCAAAGAAAAAAUACCCAGAUUAUUAUCAGCAAAUUAAAAUGCCCAUAUCACUUCAACAGAUCAGAACAAAGCUAAAGAACCAAGAAUAUGAAACUUUAGAUCAUUUGGAGUGUGAUCUGAAUUUAAUGUUUGAAAAUGCCAAACGUUAUAACGUUCCCAAUUCAGCCAUCUAUAAGCGAGUUCUAAAACUGCAGCAAGUCAUGCAGGCAAAGAAGAAGGAGCUUGCGAGGAGAGAUGACAUUGAGGACGGAGACAGCAUGAUCUCCUCAGCCACUUCUGACACUGGUAGUGCCAAAAGGAAAAGGAAUACUCAUGACAGGGAGAUGUUGGGUCUCAGGAGGCUAUCCAGUAAAAAGAACAUAAGAAAACAGCGAAUGAAAAUUUUAUUCAACGUUGUUCUUGAAGCUCGAGAGCCAGGUUCAGGCAGAAGACUUUGCGAUCUAUUUAUGGUUAAGCCAUCCAAGAAGGACUAUCCUGAUUAUUAUAAAAUCAUCUUAGAGCCAAUGGACCUGAAAAUAAUUGAGCAUAACAUCCGAAAUGACAAAUAUGCAGGUGAAGAAGGAAUGAUGGAAGACAUGAAACUCAUGUUCCGCAAUGCCAGGCACUACAAUGAGGAGGGCUCCCAGGUAUACAAUGAUGCCCAUAUCCUGGAGAAGUUACUCAAAGAUAAAAGGAAAGAGCUGGGCCCAUUGCCUGAUGAUGAUGACAUGGCUUCUCCCAAACUUAAAUUGAGUCGGAAGAGUGGUGUUUCUCCUAAGAAAUCAAAGUACAUGACUCCAAUGCAGCAGAAACUAAAUGAAGUGUAUGAAGCUGUAAAGAACUAUACUGAUAAGAGGGGUCGCCGCCUUAGUGCUAUAUUUCUAAGACUCCCCUCUAGAUCAGAGCUGCCUGACUACUACCUGACCAUUAAAAAACCCAUGGACAUGGAAAAAAUUCGAAGUCACAUGAUGGCAAACAAGUACCAAGAUAUAGAUUCUAUGGUAGAGGACUUUGUCAUGAUGUUUAAUAAUGCCUGUACCUACAAUGAACCAGAGUCUUUGAUCUACAAAGAUGCCCUUGUACUGCAUAAAGUCCUCCUUGAAACUCGGAGAGACCUGGAGGGAGAUGAAGAUUCUCAUGUCCCUAAUGUGACAUUGCUGAUUCAAGAACUCAUCCAUAAUCUUUUUGUGUCAGUCAUGAGUCAUCAGGACGAUGAAGGAAGAUGUUACAGCGACUCCUUAGCAGAGAUUCCUGCUGUGGAUCCAAACUUUCCCAAUAAGCCUCCCCUUACAUUUGACAUUAUCAGGAAAAAUGUUGAAAGUAAUCGAUAUCGGCGACUCGAUUUAUUUCAGGAGCAUAUGUUUGAAGUAUUGGAAAGGGCAAGAAGGAUGAACCGGACAGAUUCUGAAAUAUAUGAGGAUGCGGUAGAACUUCAGCAGUUUUUUAUUAGAAUUCGUGAUGAACUCUGCAAAAAUGGAGAGAUCCUUCUUUCUCCAGCACUCAGCUAUACCACAAAACACUUGCAUAACGAUGUGGAAAAAGAAAAAAAGGAAAAAUUGCCUAAAGAAAUAGAGGAAGAUAAACUAAAACGCGAAGAAGAAAAAAGAGAAGCUGAAAAAAGUGAAGAUUCCUCAGGUACUACAGGACUCUCAGGCUUACAUCGUACAUACAGCCAGGACUGCAGCUUUAAGAACAGCAUGUAUCAUGUCGGAGAUUAUGUCUAUGUUGAACCUGCGGAGGCCAAUCUACAACCACAUAUAGUGUGUAUUGAGAGACUGUGGGAGGAUUCAGCUGGUGAAAAAUGGUUGUAUGGCUGUUGGUUUUAUCGGCCAAAUGAAACAUUCCAUUUGGCUACACGAAAAUUUCUAGAAAAAGAAGUUUUUAAGAGUGACUACUACAAUAAAGUACCUGUUAGUAAAAUUCUAGGCAAAUGUGUAGUCAUGUUUGUCAAGGAAUACUUUAAAUUAUGUCCAGAAAACUUUCGCGAUGAGGAUGUUUUUGUCUGUGAAUCGAGGUAUUCUGCCAAAACCAAGUCUUUUAAGAAAAUUAAACUGUGGACCAUGCCCAUCAGUUCAGUUAGAUUUGUCCCUCGGGAUGUGCCCUUGCCUGUGGUUCGAGUGGCCUCUGUAUUUGCAAAUGCAGAUAAAGGGGAUGAUGAGAAGAAUACAGACAACUCAGAUGACAAUCGAGCUGAAGACAAUUUUAACUUGGAAAAGGAAAAAGAAGAUGUUCCUGUGGAGAUGUCCAACGGUGAGCCAGGUUGCCACUACUUUGAGCAGCUUCGGUACAAUGACAUGUGGCUGAAGGUUGGUGAUUGUGUUUUCAUCAAAUCUCACGGCUUGGUGCGCCCUCGUGUGGGCAGAAUUGAGAAAGUAUGGGUCCGAGAUGGAGCUGCAUAUUUUUAUGGCCCUAUCUUCAUUCAUCCAGAAGAAACAGAACAUGAGCCCACAAAAAUGUUCUACAAAAAAGAAGUGUUUCUGAGUAAUCUGGAAGAGACCUGCCCCAUGAGUUGUAUUCUGGGGAAAUGUGCAGUGCUGUCAUUCAAGGACUUCCUCUCCUGCAGGCCAACUGAAAUACCAGAAAAUGAUAUUCUGCUUUGUGAGAGCCGCUAUAAUGAGAGUGACAAGCAGAUGAAGAAGUUCAAGGGUUUGAAGAGGUUCUCACUCUCUGCUAAAGUUGUAGAUGAUGAAAUUUACUACUUCAGAAAACCAAUCAUUCCUCAGAAGGAACCCUCACCUUUGUUAGAAAAGAAGAUACAAUUGCUAGAAGCUAAAUUUGCGGAGUUAGAAGGAGGAGAUGAUGAUAUUGAGGAGAUGGGAGAAGAGGAUAGUGAAGUCAUUGAACCUCCAUCUCUACCUCAACUUCAGACACCCCUGGCCAAUGAGUUGGACCUCAUGCCCUAUACACCCCCACAGUCUACCCCAAAGUCUGCCAAAGGCAGUGCAAAGAAGGAAAGUUCUAAACGAAAAAUCAACAUGAGUGGCUACAUUUUGUUCAGCAGUGAAAUGAGAGCUGUGAUUAAAGCCCAGCACCCAGAUUACUCUUUUGGGGAGCUCAGCAGACUGGUGGGGACAGAAUGGAGAAACCUUGAAACAGCCAAGAAAGCAGAGUAUGAAGAGCGGGCAGCUAAAGUUGCUGAGCAGCAGGAGAGAGAGCGAGCAGCACAGCAACAGCAGCCGAGUGCUUCUCCCCGAGCAGGCACCCCUGUGGGGGCUCUCAUGGGGGUGGUGCCACCACCAACACCAAUGGGGAUGCUCAAUCAGCAGUUGACACCUGUUGCAGGCAUGAUGGGUGGCUAUCCGCCAGGCCUUCCACCUUUGCAGGGCCCAGUUGAUGGCCUUGUUAGCAUGGGCAGCAUGCAGCCACUUCACCCUGGGGGGCCUCCACCUCACCAUCUUCCGCCAGGUGUGCCUGGCCUCCCAGGCAUCCCACCACCGGGUGUGAUGAAUCAAGGAGUAGCCCCCAUGGUAGGGACUCCAGCACCAGGUGGAAGUCCAUACGGACAACAGGUAGGAGUUUUGGGACCUCCAGGGCAGCAGGCACCACCUCCAUAUCCUGGUCCUCAUCCAGCUGGCCCCCCUGUCAUACAGCAGCCAACAACGCCCAUGUUUGUGGCUCCCCCACCAAAGACCCAAAGGCUUCUCCACUCAGAGGCCUACCUGAAAUACAUUGAAGGACUCAGUGCUGAAUCCAACAGCAUUAGCAAGUGGGACCAAACUUUGGCAGCUCGAAGACGGGAUGUCCAUUUGUCCAAAGAACAGGAGAGCCGCCUACCUUCUCACUGGCUCAAAAGUAAAGGGGCACACACCACCAUGGCAGAUGCCCUCUGGCGCCUGCGGGAUUUAAUGCUUCGAGACACUCUCAACAUCCGACAGGCAUACAACCUAGAAAAUGUUUAAUCACGUCACUGUUUCUUCUGUGGAAGCAAAGAGUUGUGGAGCGGUAGCCAUUUUAGUUACUGGGGUGGGAGGGAGGAACAAAGGAUGAUAAUUUUUAUUGCAUUUUAUUGUACAUCACACAGCCAUUUUUAUAUAAGGACACUUUUAAUAAGCUAUUUCAAAUUUGGUUUUGUUACAUUAAGUUGACUAUCAAAUACACAAAAGAUUUUUUUGCAUAUGUUUCCUUUGUUUAAAACCAGUUUCAUAAUUGGUUAUAUAUAGUAAUAGUUUUAUCUUUACUUGUUAAAGGACUUAAAUCAUCAAAGGUUUUGGCUUGGCUUAGGGUUUUGGUUUUCUUUUUUAUAAAUAUAUAUUAUAUAUAUAUAUACACAUAUAAAAGAAAAAAUGAAAAAAAAAAGUUUACAAAUUUAAGUUGACAAUGAAAUGUGAAGUUGGUCCUAGUUUACAUCUUAGAGGAAUGUAUAUGUAUGUUUUACAUGCCUAAAUAUCUGCAGGUUUUCUUACAGGUAAAGCGAAGUGCUUUGAAAAGUUUAGAUUAUACAUGUGUGACAGAUGCGGCAUAUUUGCUCUAUUAACACAGAGGCUUACUAUAGAAAUCUAAAGUCAAUGCUGUAUAUCCAUCCAGUUAGUGUAACUGAAGGGAAAUGUAACUUUGUGCUGAGUUAGACAUCUGUAUUGUCAGUGAUUCUUGUAGAAUAUGUGCUCAGAUCUGAGUUAUAUUUAGUUGUGGAAGGUAAGUUGAAGAGUACUUUUGAUCAGUUUAUGAUUCAGUUUAUGAUUUUAGUUUUUGCCUUCAUGUUAUACAUUUAUGAUUUGAAACUGUACAUCUGUUACCUUGAAAAACAUUGAAGAAAGUACUGAAGUAUGCAUGGAGGUGGUUUAAGCAUAAUACCUAACCCAAGAAAGAGUAUAAAUGGACACAAGCUGUGCCUUGCACGUAACUGUGCAAGGGUAGACUGCCUAUAUAUACAGAUGGCCUGGAUUCUUUAUUUCCUUGUUAUCAAUUAUAGUGUUUUGUUUGUUUCAGGGUUGGAAUUCUCAACCAGAAAUAAUACUUUCUAAAAUAUUUUAAAAUUCAGCUUGUGCUUUGGAUUAUAGAAGGAAAUUAUACUUUAAGAAAAUGUUCACAAAAAAAAAAAAAGGGACUAUUACAGAUCCCAAUAUUUGGAUUAGGUGACCUUGUCUUUCUCUCUUUUCUUGAGAGAUGGUCCUACUACCAACCCUGGCUGGACUGGAACUCACUGUAUAGACCAGGCUAGUCUCAAACUCCUGCCUCUUCCUCCCAAGUGCUGGGAUUGAGGGCAGGUACCAUAAUGCUCAGCAACCACAACCCUGUCUUUCUAACAUGGCCCUAGCGUAAGCACUGAGGCAGUGUACAGUGCUCAGGCAGCAGCAAACGUUUCACGAGGGUGGUUUUGAACCUGCUUUAUCCUACUUGGGUGGCUGUGUGGUGCUGACGCUGCCACUGCCCUGUUGUUCAUUGAGAAUGAUUGUUAAAUGACACUCUUCCUUUAGAAUAUAACGGAUCAGUACUACUCAUGUUUAAUUGCCAUGCUUAAUAAAUCAUGAGAACAAAAGAGUAUAGAAUGGAAAGCAUUCCCUGGUAGCUACUUUAAAUAGGAGCCCUGUAACUUAAUACCAGUAGUCAACCACUGGAUCUCAAUUUUCAUCAAGUAUUUUAAAUAAUCUUAAAUUUUAAAAAACGUACUGCAGAGUAUGCCAGUAUCUUAUUGUUAAAACUGAAUCAAAUAAAUCUUCGAUUCCUGGUUAUUUGGACCAUUGACUCAUCAUGGACUAUAUAAUGUAAUCAGAUUCUUUUCUCUUAAGGUAUCCUUGAAUUACACCAAAGAACCAGAAACUUAAUUUUGGUUAAAUUAUUUAUUUAUUUCAUGCAUUAAUUUUCUUUUUCUUUUUAAAGGUUUAGAUGAGGCUCCUUAGGGAGUCUCUAAAACCGCUUCACUAUCAGCAACCUGGAGUACUAGAAGCCAGAGUACUCUUCCUCCUGGCUCCUUCCCAGUGCUCUAGUGCUGUAGGAACCAAGAGCCAGCCCCAGGUUCCCCGAGGCAGUAUAAAUCCAGCACAGGGGGCUGUGUCCCUAAGGCAAGCCCUGAUUACCUUUAAAAAACAAAAACAAAAACAAAAAAAAACAUAAAAAAACUAAUUAAUUAAAAGCAUUUAAGGCACUAUUUAUUUUAGAAUCAUGCUUUUGAAGAGUAUCAGUGAUUACUUAGGGUAUAAUAUUUAAAGAUCAGACAUCUUCAAAAACAGAAAAAGCCCUGACUUAAGGCAGUACAAGUAAACAACACACUUUCUCAUGACUUAAGAACUGUAGUAAUGUGGCUUAGGAAAUAUAAUGGCCUAAUUGUUUUCAAAAUGUAAGUUCCUGUGAAGAAUUUUGUUUAUAUUGGGUUGGGGACCUAUAGGUUUAAAAUAGAAUGUCAAUCAGCUGACUUAAAAAACGUUGGUUUUACUAAGUCUGCCUUCCCCUUCUAAGGAAGAACUGAGUGGGUGAGGGACACGUAUGUAAAAUCUCCAAAUGGAUGUUACAGCUUUCAGCUUGGACGUUUGUUUCCAGACCUGAUUAAAAUUUGGUUUAUUCUAAUUUCUGUACUAUAUCAUCUGAGGUUUUAAGUGGUAACUGGUUCUAUACCAUGUAUGUAUCAUAUGUUUGUUCAUCAAAGCUUUUUAAUCCAAAUAAAAACAAGAGUUUGCAAAGUGA